UCGCGGCUGGACGGCAGGAGCAGAACAAUCCACCGUCUCGCCCCGAGCCCACAGAGAAGAUCUCGCCUAAGACGCCAUGAAGACUCUGGUCAUCCUCGCCCUCUGCGCUCUGCUCUCGGUCUGCUGGUCCACGGGAGUGGUUGAGUACCAAGUCCAGGCCGAGCAGGACGGCGACCACGCCGACGACAACGCCGUAGCUGAGGACCUCGGAGACGCCGCAGAUGCCGGAGACAACGGCGACUCCUCAGUAUCCAACUCAUCCUCAGACUCCUCUGAUUCGGAUUCGGAUUCAGACUCCAACUCAGACUCCGCAUCGGAUUCUUCCUCGUCCUCCUCCUCCUCCUCCUCCUCCUCGUCAUCCUCAUCCGAGUCAGCCAAUACCGAAGGUAAACCGCCCGCACCUUUUCCUCCCAAACCGGUUGUACCAGAGACAGCAAGGACUUUGCUCCGGUCCGCAGACUCCCACGUGAUCAUGAAGCGGGACCUGGCUGCGGUCUUGCUGAGGAGAAAACGCCAGGCCUCAGGAGUCCUCUCCCUGUACCAGAUGGAGAGACUGAGAGAGGUGUGCGAGCUGAACACGGGCUGCGACGAGCUGGCCGAGACCCAGGGCAUCGUGGCGGCCUACACCGCCUACUACGGGCCGCCUCCCUUCUAAGCAGGCCUCUCUUUCAGUCGCAAUCCAGCCGGAGGUCGCGGAUCUUUGCACAAGCCAGCGCUUUUAGGACCUCUCCAAGGACCCCCAGAGACGUCGAAAUUAACCCUUCCUGGUGCUACCAAUGUAUCGUCACGAUUGUAGCGCCGUAUUUCUUCUUCUGUGGUCAGCUCCGGGCUGUGAAAUGUGUGCCCACGGACAAACUGCAGCGGACGUAACCACACGUCGCCUCUGGAUUUCAAAGAAAUAAAUUAUUUUGUUUGUCCAA